GAACACAACACAUCUGAGCCACUGUUCCUAUAUAUGCCACACCAGGCCAUACAUGUGUCGGCUAAUAAAUUCCCGGUGGAGGCGCCCCAGGAGUACAUCGAUAUGUUUGCGUACAUCGAGUCCGAUAUGAGACGAGGGUUGGCCGCCGCGGCCUACAGUAUGGACGAGUCGAUCGGUGUGGUUGUCGAGCGCCUACACUCGAGACAAAUGUUGGAAAACAGUAUCAGAGUCCCGGCGUUCAUAUGGAGUCCAUUGUUGAACAAAAGUGGUUACGUAUCGGACGCCAUGAUUCACGUGACAGACGUAUUGCCCACCAUUUUAGAUGCCAUCGAUAACAACACCGGCAUAUUGAAUGAACAAAUUAUUUAUGGUAAAUCUCAAUGGAAUACACUAUCAAAUAAUGAACUGCCGGUGCGAACGGAAAUCAUACAUAAUGUCGAUUCUUUGAUUAAUAUAUCGGCCAUUCGGUGGUACGACUGGAAACUUAUUCAGAAUCCAAAACAUGUCGCAUUUGAAAGGUCGGGUUUAUGGGUGCGACCCCUGGGCUAUCAAAACAUCGGUCUAAAACGGGAAUCAUUUCAAUCCUUACAGUCUAAGGAUCGCGUGCUGAAGGAGUCGGUGGUAGAGUGCGAACCACAUGAACCUACCGAUCCGGCCAACAAUGACUGCACAACUGAGUUGUGUUUGUUUAACAUACGGGACGACCCGUGCGAAUACCAUAACCUGAUUGGGGAAACGGAUCCUCAGUUUGUGAAGUUCUUGUGGCAGAAAUUGGUUGCUUUUAACGAGACGUCUGUACCGCCGCUUACAGUCCAUAGUAUUGAUCCGCGCAGUGAUCCUAAACUCCACAAUAAUACGUGGAUUAACUGGUUGGACAGGGAGGACAUGGGGGACAUAAAGAAAACAUUAGCAGACCUCAAUGGAUUUUUGCUAAUGAUCUUGACAAUUGUCAAGAACAUUGUGUAUCGUAAUAAAGAAAUGUUGCUCUUAAGACCUGGAUACGAAAAUAAAUACUAUAAUACUAAAAAAUACACGUCAGCUAUGGUUACGUCGAGAAAGCACUGGACUUACGGUCGCUUUGAGAUUAGAGCCGCCCUUCCGUUGGGAAAAAUGUUACGGACAGAUAUACGGCUAGAAUCGGCACAGAGUAAUGGAAAUACACCCAAAGGUCGGAUAGAUAUCGUCACUAACGUUCAAACACCAGAGAUUCUCUAUGGAAUACAGACUGGUAUUCCAGUUAUGAAUAUGACCAUGGUGAACCAUCAAACAUAUGAUACUAACGAAACCCUUCAAGCAUUUCAUACCUAUGCUGUCGAGUGGGAUGAGACACACAUUCAAUGGUUUUUUGAGGGAAACCUAUUGUCUACGUUAGCCAUAAAUAAUAUGACAGACACUGAGUAUAAGAAUAUGACUGGCUUACUUUUCCACUCACCUUUUAAAUUGGUUAUUGGUUUACAAGUGGAUCGAAAUGAGUUUAACGGCUGCACCCUAUCUGACCAGGAUUAUGAGGAAUGGGACGAAGCAAGAUUUAUGAUUGAAUUUGUCAGAGUCACCCAAUGGGUUACAAUGGACCCCAGGAACUCCACUUCAAACAACACCGGAAAGUAUACGUCAGCUAUGGUUACGUCGAGACAGCACUGGACUUACGGUCGCUUCGAGAUUAGAGCCGCCCUUCCGUCGAGCAAAUAG